UACUCUGAGUGGUUGUGUUCAUGUUUUAUCCUGAAAGGAUAAGAAACCAGGAGUCACACCUUCAAAUGCAGCUGUGAAGUCUGUCAGCAAAACUGCUGCUGUCAAAACAAAGAAAAAGGAUGAUGAUGAUGCUACACAGAUAGGAGAUGACUUGGAUGAAUGGAUGCAGCCCAAACAGCUAAUCAAGCCAGAUGACCAGCUAGAAUUGACAGAGGCAGAGUUGAAAGAGGAGUUUACCAGAAUCUUGACUGCAAACAACCCCCAUGCUCCAAGCAACAUAGUGCGCUACAGUUUCAAGGAAAAAUGCUAUAAACCAACAUCAAGUGUGGAUCAGCUGGCAAUUCACUUUGCUCUUGAUGGGAACAUGCUUCAUAAAGACUCAGAUGAAGCCAGGAGACAAAGAGCAAGGCAAGGACUGGAAGGCUUUGAUGACUUCCUGAGGCCAUUGAGCUCUGUUUCUGAACAUGACGCUGGGGAAGCUGGUGAAGAAGAAGACAAAGAAAAUAAAGCAGUUGAGGCAGUAGAGGAAAAACCAGCGGAAGAAGUUCGACCUGACUCGUCUGCCUCUGUGGGUGGAAAGAGUGAAGCAAAGUUGACGAACCAGUUUAACUUCAGUGAGAGAGCUUCACAGACUUACAACAAUCCUUACAGAGAACGUGGAACCUCAACUGAACCUCCACCAAGGGCAAACUUCUCAGCCACUGCUAAUCAGUGGGAAAUUUAUGAUGCAUACGUUGAGGAUUUGCAAAGACAGGAAAAAAUGAAAGAAAAGGAAAGCAGAAAGACCCAAACCUUCAAGAAAGACGACGACAAAAAGAAAAAGCUCAUGCAAGUUGAAGUGCAGGGUGAUGAUAUUUCAAGGAUUUCCAAACCGUGCAAGAUAGUGGAGAGAAUGAUAAACCAGAACACAUAUGAUGAAAUUGCACAAGAUUUCAAAUACUGGGAAGACGCCGCCGAUGAGUUUAAGGACCAGGAGGGGACACUGUUGCCGCUGUGGAAAUUUUCGUUUGAGAAAUCAAAGAGAAUGGCCGUCACCUCACUCUGCUGGAGUCCUAAGUACCACGACUUGUUUGGAGUGGGACACGGAUCGUAUGACUUUUUAAAGCAAAGUAACGGAAUGGUCGCAAUGUAUACAUUGAAGAACCCUUCAUUUCCAGAAUACAUAUGUGAGACAGAAAGUGGCGUGAUGUGCCUUGAUUUUCAUCCUGAACAUCCGAAUUACAUCGCAGUUGGUUUCUACGACGGUAGUGUUGGUGUGUACACUGUCGUUCAACAAACAAAUAAGAUCGAGCUGAUGUACAGAUCAACAGCGAAGAUGGGCAAACAUACGGACCCCGUUUGGCAGGUAAAAUGGCAAAAAGACGAUUUGGACAACAACAUGAACUUCUUCUCCGUAUCCUCUGAUGGCAGAAUAACACAAUGGACGAUCGUAAAGAGUGAACUGAGGCACACUGACAUUAUCACUCUGAAGCAGGGAAACACUCCUGAAGGAGAAGGAGACAACACACAGCUACCAAGUUUAGGUUGUGGAACUGCAUUUGAUUUUCAUAAAACAAUGGAUUAUAUGUUUCUAGUUGGCACAGAGGAAGGAAAGAUACACAAGUGCUCCAAAACUUAUUCAAGCCAGUUCCUCGAGACUUAUGAUGCACAUCACAUGGCAGUUUACUCUGUCAAAUGGAAUCAUUUCCACCCAAAGAUUUUUAUCUCGUGUAGUGCAGACUGGACAGUGAAGAUUUGGGAUCACCAUUAUCAAGAGCCGAUGUUUACCUUUGAUCUGAACAACUCUGUCGGUGAUGUGGCCUGGGCGCCUUAUGCUUCCACAGUGUUUGCCGCCUGUACGACUGAUGGACGGGUCUAUGUGUACGAUCUGAACGUGAACAAGUAUGAACCUCUAAGCGAACAAUCAGUGGCUAACAAGAAGAGAACAAAGCUGACUCACUUGGCUUUUAACCCGGAGUACCCAGUGCUUAUUGUGGGAGACGACAGAGGGUAUGUGACAUCGUUGAAGCUGUCACCAAAUCUCAGAAAAGCCACGCAGCCCAAGGAGAAAGCGAAGGGUCCCGAAAACGAAAUGGCAAAAAUGGAGAAAUUGUUGAGUCUCGUCAGAGAACCCUCGGCAAAGAAUUGAUCCCUAAAUUUUGCCGAUGACCAAACAAUCACCAAAGAGAGAAGAGUUAAAUCAUAUCUACAGUGAAAAAAGAGGCGGAUUUUCCGCGUUUUAAAAAAGCUUGUUGGUCAUAAGAAGACUUAAAAACAGUUUCAGCUUUAGGCAUUUAUGUGUAAAGCGAACCGUUUGCUCUUGCUUGUGUAAGUUAAUGUAACUCGGUUCUUACGUAAAUUUUGUGUGGAUUUUUUUGCAUGACUUGGUUGGCCAAGCAAAAGAAAAAUUCAGUAGUUAUAUCCAGUGUAAAUAUAUUUUAAUAGUGUAGUUUAGUUCAACUACUGAUGUCCUCACGCUUGAUACAAUGAAUGUAAUAAAAAAAACGAUUUUUUUUAUUCAAUGA